UUGAAAAUUUAACCUCAGAAAAACAAGCACUAGUAUACAUUAUAUUCUCAAAGUAACUAAUUUUUGUUCAUCUUUGUGAAAAUUAAGGAAUUGAGAUAUGUCAAGUACUACUUGUGUUGUUGUUUGGGUGAGUUGUGGAUCCAAAUUAGAGAAUAUUACAACAACAACUCAUCAAAAAAGUGUUGUUAAGUGUUCUAACAAUAAUAAUGAUAAGAUCAGAUUCACAAGUAUUUCAAGUGCGGCAGUGGCAGCAGCAUCAGUGCCUUCAAGAUCAUCGGAGGAGAAGGUGUACGAGGUUGUUCUCAAACAAGCAGCACUUGUCAGAGAACAAAGAAAAAGAAGAACUAUUGAAAUUGAUGAUGAUUUCAUGACCAACUUGCAUCUUUUGAAUGCGGCUUAUGAUCGUUGUGGUCAAGUUUGUGCUGAGUAUGCUAAAACUUUCUUCCUUGGCACACAAUUGAUGACCGAAGAACGCAGAAAAGCCAUAUGGGCAAUUUAUGUGUGGUGCAGAAGAACAGAUGAACUAGUGGAUGGUCCAAAUGCAUCACAUAUAACUCCAACAGCAUUGGACAGAUGGGAGCAGAGAUUGAAUGAUGUCUUCCAAGGUAGACCUUAUGAUAUGUUUGAUGCUGCUCUCUCUCACACUGUUUCUAACUACCCUGUUGAUAUUCAGCCAUUUAAGGACAUGAUAGAAGGGAUGAGAAUGGACCUAAGAAAAUCAAGAUACAACAACUUUGAUGAGUUGUACCUUUAUUGCUACUAUGUUGCUGGCACAGUGGGACUCAUGAGUGUCCCUGUUAUGGGGAUUGCACCUGAUUCUAACUCUUCCACUGAGACCAUUUACAAUGCUGCUUUGGCUCUUGGCAUUGCAAAUCAACUUACCAACAUUCUCAGAGAUGUUGGAGAAGAUGCAAGAAGAGGAAGAAUAUAUCUGCCACAAGAUGAACUAGCACAAGCAGGGCUAUCAGAAGAAGACAUAUUCAAUGGAAAAGUAACAGAUAAAUGGAGGAACUUCAUGAAGGGACAAAUAAAAAGGGCAAGAAUAUUCUUUGAUGAGGCAGAGAAAGGUGUGUCAGAGUUGAACUCAGCAAGUAGAUGGCCUGUUUGGGCUUCAUUGUUGUUGUAUAGGCAAAUCUUGGAUUCAAUUGAAGCCAAUGAUUAUAACAACUUCACAAAAAGAGCUUAUGUUGGACAAGCUAAGAAGCUUUUCUCACUACCUGCUGCUUAUGCUAAGGCUUUUUUAGGUCCUCCAAAGUUGACUAAGAUGAUCAUGAGAUGAUCAUCAUCAACAUAAUAAUUGUGUCAUACCAUCAUAUCAGUUAUGUGCUUUUAAUUAUGUUUGAAGAUCUCAUCAUGUUCACUACACUUUUUAGAUAGCUACAAUACAAAAUGUGGAUACUUUUGAAGUUAGGUUUGUAUACAUAUCAAGCAGAAAAGAAGAAUAUUAUAUUAAAGUGAAAUAAUCCAUUCAUUUAAUCAUUUUAUUUGCAAGCAUCAA